AUGAAUCGGAAUCUCCGAAACGCCAUUAUCGCAGUCCUCGCUCCACUCCCUUCCAUCGUCUUCUACAUCUCCUUUCUCCGUAAUUACUCUCCAACCUCCGACUCCGAGCUCUCCUACAUCCACUCAUGGUGUUCGAAUCACCCGCUUCUACUCGCAAACCUUCUCUUCUUCUUAAACGUCAAUGUCCUCUUCUGGGUCAUCGGUUUACUCCAAUCCAGCCACUGGAUGAUCGACGUGUAUUGGACUGUGAUACCUGUAAUGCUCGCUCACUACUUCGCGUCGCAUCCAUUGGGGAAUUACAAUAAAUCGAGAUCCACGAUCGUCAUCAUUCUCACAUGGAUUUGGAGUAUCAGAUUGACUCAUAACUACUUCCGGCGGGAAGACUGGGAAUGGGGCGCCAGAGAAGACUGGAGGUUCAACGACUUACGGAAACAGUACGGUAAACACUGGUGGUGGGUCUCCUUCUUCUCCGUCUACGUCUCUCAGCAGAUCUUUCUUAUUGGGAUAUGUCUACCUUUAUACGUCGUCCACUCCGUUGAUGCGCCGUUGAACAUUUGGGACUUGAUCUCCUCGUUGAUCUGUUUGACGGGGAUUGUCAUGGCGUACUACGCAGACACGCAGCUUCACGAGUUUGUAACGGGAAACCAAAAGCUCAAGGAGCAAGGGAAGCCUAAAAUCCCCAAUUUGGACACGGGUUUGUGGCGUUACUCUAGGCAUCCUAAUUACUUGGGAGAACAGUUGUGGUGGUGGGGACUUGUCGUAUUUGCUUGGAACCUUGGUCAAGGAUGGACUUUGAUAGGUUCGUUGGUCAAUACUCUGUGUUUAGUCUAUGUAACGGUCCUUGUUGAGCGUCGGAUGGUGAAACAAGAAUACAGAGCUGAAGCUUAUAGAGCGUAUCAGAAGACAACCUCGGUUUGGAUUCCAUGGUUCAAGUCUACUACUAAAGACAAGAACACUUGA